ACUCUAGUGACUCUUUGACUCUUUGCUCUAGUGUCUACUGUUCCUUUUAUUUAAAAGGAACAGUAUAGUUACUAUAGGUACUCUUUGCUACUGUCUACCUAUAUUACUUGCUCUGUGCUGUCUACAAUACAAAUCAAAUAUUAUUAUUAUUACUUGCUAGUUGCUCUCACAGAGGUUGCUCUGUGAAAUUAAAAUUCAAAUAGACAGGUGGAGAAUAUAGAUUUAUGAGUAGGUAUUCGUAUGGUAGAAGAAUAGUAUAAAAUUUAAUAUUUACCUACUUACAUAUAAAUCAUGAAUUCACCUAGCUCUUCCAAAGAACAAUCGAAAAAACGCAAAAAACCAUAUAAUAAGUAUUGCAUUGUGCCGAUGUGCAAAAAUACAUUAAGAUCAACACCCGAUAAAUUGUUUUUUCUCGUCCCGAGAGGUGCAGCAAUAAGACAAGCAUGGUGUAAUGUUAUGAAAAGAGAGAUGGUGUCUCCAUCAACUUGCUUAUAUUGUUGUGAAGAUCACUUUGAUGUAGAAGAAGAUACAUUUAAUUACAUGCAGUCUAAAAUUUCCAAUUUGCCAUUAAAUAUUAAAAAGAAUACAUUAAGAUUAAAUAAAAGUAUUCUUCCCCACAAAUUUAAAUGCCAAGAAUCGGAAUGCACUAUUGACUUGGAGUUACAACCAUGGAAAAGAAAUGGCAAAAGUACAAAAUUUCUACAAUCAGGCAGAAGUUGUCUUUCUGAGCCUCCAGCAAAACUACCUAACCAUUUAAAUGCUUCAAUAUCAGAAACAAAUUCUGAAUCAGAUACCACUUUGGAACCAUCCCGGUUAAAUAAUGAAGAUACAAAAAAUCUAUCUUCUGACAGCAAAACAUCUUUGGACAGUCUAUUUAAUGGAAACAAAAUAAAAGUUAACAAUUACAUUGAAGUUAGUAAUGAAAAUGCUUUGUGUACAAAGUCAUCAAUUUCAAUAGUAUCUUCAUUUCCUAUUCCAAAGACGACAUCAAUAUCUCCUGUGAAAGUACCUCGGGCACCUGAUAAGAAAAUUCAAGAUAAACCUGAUUUAGCUUUAAGAUCCUCUCUUCAAUGUUCACUGGUAUCAUCAAAGUCCUUUGAACCUGACUUAAGUUUGCCGGGAUCAAGAUGGAUUAUUGAAGAUGACACUUUGGUAUCCUGGAGUGCUUACUUCCAAGAACACCAUUUAUGGGAGACGGAGAUUUAAAAAAAAAUCCUUUAUAAGUACUAGGAAAAAAUAAAAAGUACCCUCAAUUCAGUGAUGCAAAGCUAGAAAGGAGAACUUGGGGAUUCAUUAAGAUUGUGAUGUUCUAAAAGGAUAAGAAAAUAUUUUGAUGUCUAUAUUUAAUAUAUAAUGCUCAGAAUGUUAUAAUAAUUUCACUAUUGAUGUCUACUAUUGAUAUACUAUUUAUUACUAUGUAUAUGUUUAAUGAUGACUACAAUGUAAGAGGAAAUGCAGUCGUUAUAUUCUCCAUACAAACACUCUGAAUCUGUUUGCUCCAAGUUUAUCCUACUAAUAUUAAAUAAAUGCGAAAGUUUGAAGGGAUGGAUGUAUGUGUGUGUAUGAAGGUAUGUUUGUUACUCUUUCACUUAAAUACCUACUACUGAACGGUGAACCGAAUGAACCGAUCACAAUGAAUUUAAACAAACAUGUAGAGGGUAACUUGGAUUAACACAUAGGAUAGGUUUUAUCCCGCAAAUACCACGGGAACGGGAACUAUGCGAGGUUUUCUUUGAAAACGCGGGCGAAGCCGCGGGCGGAAAGCUAGUUGAUCUUAAAGCAUUGACCAUGGUCCAUGCAUUGACACAACAUUCCUACCGUAUUUUCAAAAUUGUCCCUGACAGCAUUUCCUCUUGUGCACAAUGAUAAGUAUUAGUUAGGAUGUGAUGUACCUUAUUAAAAUAAUGAAAAAUAAUAUUAUAAUAAACAAUAGAUAUAAUAUAUUA